CGUGCUGCGCGCAACCACUGGGUUCCUCGCGGAAGUGACGGCAAGGCGGCGAUGGCGGCUCGCAGUUUCAUUCCGGAUUUCUACUGGACUACAAACUGAUUUUAACCGGCCCGGUUAGACUUUGGGGAACUUUUGUAGAGCUGUCUCUCAUCGGACGCCGCACAGAGAGAAGUCGCGUUGAACCGGUGCUUGACAACGAGCGGCCCCACAGCUUUUUUUGGGGUAUUUUUGUCCAAGGUUCAAGGUGGUCACCCUGUCGAGCUAGCGGUAGCUCGGCGGCUACUAGCUAACGUUAGUUGGUACACAGCUAGCUCCUGAGCUAGCUUGUCAACUAGCUGCGUGCUAAAGGUCCAUACAGCAGCAGUCGUCGUGCAGCAGCUUCUCUUUUGACCACGUCCACGUUUGUCUUUCACAGUGACGAUGCGAAUGCACUCUAUUUAAUGCUAAUUGAGCCACAAGUGUGCAGAGCGAGGUACUCACACGUUUGCUUGGCCUCUUGUUAAUUUGAAUCGCUAGUUUGGCGGCUGUGGCUAAAGACGGAUUUUGACUCACUAGCAAGCAGGUUCCUUCAGUAAUUGCCCCAACAACUUCGGGGAAAAGCGUGCUAUCAACUGAGAAUUGAAGUUGAGUUGCUCUGGGGUCUUUGCGUGCUCAUCAACAUGCUGAAGACCCGGCAGUGUUUACUUGGCAUCCGCACUUUUCUCGGCGUAACGUCCAGAAUAUGGGGCGUCAUCAUGUACAUCCUCAGGAAGCACCUACGAACGAUAAUUCAGUAUCAGACGGUGCGAUAUGACACUUUGCCUCUGUCACCCAUCUCCAGAAACAGACUGAAUGCAGUAAAGAGGAAGAUUCUGGUUCUGGACCUGGACGAGACGCUGAUCCACUCUCACCAUGACGGGGUCCUUAGACCCACAGUGAGACCUGGCACGCCGCCAGACUUUAUCCUCAAAGUCGUCAUUGAUAAGCACCCAGUCAGAUUCUUCGUACAUAAAAGGCCACAUGUUGACUUCUUUUUAGAAGUGGUGAGCCAGUGGUAUGAGCUGGUGGUUUUCACAGCCAGUAUGGAGAUCUACGGCUCAGCGGUGGCAGACAAGCUGGACAACAACAGGAACAUUCUGAAACGCAGAUACUAUAGACAGCAUUGUACAUUGGAUCUAGGUAGUUAUAUUAAAGACCUGUCUGUAGUACAUGAUGACCUGUCCAGUAUUGUCAUCCUGGACAACUCGCCUGGUGCUUAUCGUAGCCAUCCAGGUUCACUGCUGAUGUCCGCUCCGUCCUCAGUCGAAACCUCCAUCAGCACCGGCUUUGGUGAUUGGCUGAAUCAAGAGGGGCGGGACUUGUUGACCAGCCUCUUCCUCUCUGCCGGCUUCCUUCCUGCCCUCCAUUCCCAAACAGUCGACCCACCAGCCCUCUCUGAGCCUCUCAGACGUGUCCUGAGUAGAUGAGGGUUGGGGUGACCGCCUAACACGGGAUGAACAGUAUGGGAUCACCAGAGCCCAAAAACUACUGGGGAGGGAGGGGGAGCCAGCUUGUUUCUUUUUUUUCUUCUUGAUUCUUUAUUUGUAUUUUUUUUUUUCCAAAACAAAAUGGAGCCUCUCUGCCUUAUCGCUCCUGAUACUGACUGUGUGCGUAUGGAGGUGAGCUUGUGUACGUGAGUCGGAGUAUGCUUGCUGAGUUCGUUAGUCCUUUUUAAACUUUUUUGAAGAUUUGGAGGGGGGGGAAGAGAGGGAUCAGCAAAGCAACAAAGACAAUUCUACAUUAUUAAUUCUUCUUCCUCUCCAUCAUCACAAGACGUUGCACUUCAGCAAACAACUCAUCAAUUUACUGUCUUAACCUCUCGGAUCUACUGAGAGGGGGAAAAUAGAAAACCGCCCCUUUUUACACAACCUCAUGCCCCAACGGUGAUUCAUUGAUUCCCCCCUAACAUGAAUGGAUCAACUUACAUGAUGUAAUUGAUGGACCUUUGCUUGGAACAUACCAUCCACAGGCAUUUUUCUGGACAAAUAGCCGAGCAGUCUGAGAUUUUUUUUUUUUUUUAAUUUUUCAGCCAUAACCAUCAUUCUUUCCACAAAGCUCCUCAUGGGACUCAGUGAUAAAGACUUGACUGAAAAGUUGUGAGAAAAAAAGAAUGGCUUGUAAUGAUAUGUGGACUGCCGUGCCGCCUUUCCAUAUCUGAUUGUUUCUCUGUUACCAUAAUAUAUGAUAAUAUGACUUCUGCAUACCAUGACAUUUCACUCUUCCCCUUCACCAUUUGAUGCCAUCCUGAUUUCAUCUAAUAGGAAUUGCACUUAAUUUUUCCCCCUUCUGUUUUUGUUGCAGUUGGUUUUGUAUUUGAUUCAAAUUUGCAGCCUUCCCCUUUCAGUUUUUACCUGCUCCCCUUAAUGUAUGGGUUCAACUAUUAGACCCUCCGUCUUUAAAUGCCUUCUGAACAAUGUCGGUCUUGUUAAGGCUCACAGCGGCUUCUUAUUGGCUCUGUCUCCAGGUCUGUGUUACUAAUAAAACACUUGUCAGUA